AUGAUUUCGGUCAGCAACAUAGCGUUAUUACUAUUGGUCUACACCCUGACCAAGUACUUCCUUGGCUGGUAUCGGCUAAAACACAUCCCGGGUCCUUUCUGGGCUGGCGUGACCAAGUUCUGGCAGCUGAAGCACACCUGGAACGGCACCCUCUACCUCGAAUCCGCCGAGGCAUGCUUCAAAUAUGGCACGCUAGGGCCACUGAUUCGCGUUGCCCCAGAUGAACUUAUCACUAGCGACCCCGAGCUGUUGAGGAGGAUGCUGAAUGUGAGAUCACCUUAUCGGAGAUCAGACUGGUACGAAGCUAUUCGAGUCGAUCCUGAACACGACAAUGUCUUGUCCGAACGUGACGACGAGAGGCAUGCAAUGCUGCGAUCCAAGAUGUCCAACGGGUAUGCUGGCAAGGAAAUUCCCAACCUCGAGGGCGCCAUCGAUGAUGUUAUCGGCAAGUUGGUCAAUCUCAUCGAGAAGAAAUACUUGUCGACCAAAGGUCAGUAUCGGCCGAUGGACUUUGGGAGGUUGGCGCAAUACCUGACCAUGGAUGUCAUCGGCGAGAUUGCCUUUGGCAAGGCAUUUGGCUUUCUUGAGGAUGAUGAAGACAAGUUCUCCUACAUAAGCACGACAGAGAGCACUAUUCCCCUGAUCAUCCUCACCGGCGCAUUCCCGUGGCUCGCAAAAAUUGCGCAGUCGUCCAUGAUGAAAGCCUUCAUGCCGAAGGACACAGAUGCUUACGGUUUGGGCAAGAUCAUGGGGCAACAAGUUGUCCAGGAAAGAUUCAUGACUGACGCGACAGAUCACAUGGAUAUGUUGGGAUCUUUCAUCAGGCAUGGACUGUCGCAAAAGGAUGCAGAAUCAGAGACUAUGAUCCAGAUCCUUGCAGGCAGUGACACCACCGCAUCUGCAAUCCGAGCCACAAUGCUUCAUCUCUUGACCAACCCACCUGUUUUGAACAAAUUGCUGGCCGAGAUCCAGAGCUCAAAGCUCUCCGACCCCAUCAAAGACUCGGAAGCUCGAAUGAUGCCGUAUCUUCAAGCUGUUAUCAAAGAAGGCCUUCGCAUCCACCCUCCCGUAACCGGUUUGAUGUUGAAAGAUGUCCCUCCCGGUGGCGAUACUGUGCUGGGAUACUAUAUUCCUCCAGGGACAAAACUAGGUUACUGCGCAUUUGGACUCUUUUCGGAUCCCAAGAUAUGGGGGGAAGACUCCAAAGUAUUCCGACCCGAGCGCUGGCUUGAAGGGACGGCAGAAGAAAUCAGGCAGAAAGAGAACGAUCUGGACCUCGUGUUUGGACAUGGGCGCUGGCAGUGUCUGGGGAAGGAUGUGGCAAAGGUUGAGCUGAACAAGGCCUUCGUGCAGCUUCUUCGGAACUUUGAGAUGGCCAUCGUGGAUCCAGAGAGACCAUGGAGUUCUUUCAACGCCGGAGUCUUCAUUGUGCAUGAUAUGUGGAUACGGGUCACGAAGAGAAAUCCCAAGCUGUAG